AUGGAUUUAACAACAAUCAAAUGUAAAGUUUGUGGAACAUUUGAAUCAACGUCUAUUGAUGCAUUUAGAUUACAUGGUAUCAAUCAUUGUAUACCGUCGGUUGCUAGAUACUUUGGUUUCACUCAAGAACAACUAUUAGAGCAACUACAACUACAUCAACAACAACAAUAUGAUGAAAUAACGAGAGAGAAUAAUUCAACAUUGAUCGCAGAUAGUAGUUCAAAUGACAACCUUCCAAAUACUACAACUCUAUUUAAAAGUUUAAUUAAAUCACCAUACAUUAGACAAACAAUAUUCUAUCAAAUAAAAGAGAUAGGCUAUAAGAUUAUUAAUAGACAUGAGUCAUAUUGUGGAAGAGAUCAUGUUGGUAAAGAUAUCAUCAAAUUACCUCAUCUUGGUAUGAUAUCAAAGUUUGCAAUGCCAUGGAACUUUAUCAAACAUUAUCUACCCAACAAAGAUAAAGUAUUGCCAAAGAGAAGAUGGUAUGUCAUUAGUCGGUAUUGUUCACAUCAAAAUGCAACAUUGGAUACACUAUUAAAACUAUUGGAAUGGUCACCCGAUUAUGAUCCUCAAGAUCAAUUUGAACGUUGUCAUCAAAAUCUAUUUUACAAUGUUGCAUCUAAAGGACAUAGAGAUAUACUGGAAUUGCUGUUAAAAAGAUAUCCAAAUAUCUAUAUGAAUGGAAAAUAUAGUGCAUUGAAUGUUGCAUCAGAGAAAGGACAUUUAUCAACAGUCCAUCUAUUAUGUUCAAUCAAGGGAAUGUACUGCACCCCUGAUGCUAUGGAUGGAGCCGCAGAGAAAGGCCAUUUAGAUAUUGUAAAGUAUCUCGAUCAAAAUCGCACCGAAGGAUGUACAACCAUGGCGAUUAAUUUGGCAGCAAAGAAUGGACAUUUGGAUAUUGUCCAAUAUUUAAAGGUUCAUCAAAGAGCAGGAUGUACAACCAUGGCGAUUGAUUUGGCAGCAACGAAUGGUCAUUUAAAUGUUUUAAAAUGGUUAGACAACAACUAUAAAACAAAGGUAGGAUGUACAGAAUAUGCGAUGGACAUGGCAUCAGAGAAUGGCCAUUUCCAAAUUGUUCAAUGGUUACAUAACAAUAGAUCUGUAGGAUGCACCACUCGUGCUAUGGAUCAUGCAAAGUCACUUGAAAUAUUUGAAUACCUUCACAGAGCUGGUAAAACAUGUACAUCAUUGGCAAUGGAUAAUGCAUGUUUAAAAGGUGACUUGGAUUUUGUAAAGUAUCUUUACUAUAAUCGAACUGAAGGGUAUAGUGAAGCAGCAAUCAUUAAUGCUUGUACAAGUGGUAAUUUGGAAUUGAUAAAGGUAUGCCAUAUGAAUGAAGUAUGUCCACCCGAAGCAGUUGACGCUGCUAUAGAGAAUGAAUGUAGUUUGGAUGUCAUACAAUAUCUCGAUCAAGAAUGUACAAUCAAUGGUUUGAAAUAUGCAAUCUAUAAAGAUCGUUUGGAUAUUUUUCAAUAUCUCCAUCGACGGUACCCAAAUUCUACUCAUAUGUGGACAAGAGAUGUAUUGGAUGAAGCUGCCAAAUCAGGUAAAUUGGAUAUUAUAAAGUUUCUUCAUGAAAAUAGGACUGAAAGAAGUUCUACCAAUGCAAUGGAUUUGGCGGAAAAUAUAGAAGUGACCAAGUUUCUACAUUUCAAUCGUACCGAGGGGUGCACAACCGAUGCUAUGGAUAAUGCAGCAAGAAGGGGUGAUUUAGAGACUGUUGAAUUUCUUCAUGAAAAUAGAACUGAAGGUUGCACUGAAGAAGCUCUAUGGAAAUCCAAAGACCACCCAGAUAUCUACACUUACAUAUUAUCAAACAAAAUAGUAUCAAUGGAAUCAAUUCAAAAUGGUCGUAUCAAAACAUUACCAUAUGAAAAAAACCAAGAGGAUAAUUAUGAAAUUGUUGAUCUUAUCAACAAAUAUUAUGGAAUUAAAAUUAAUUAA